UAGCAUAUUCCUUCAUAAAUGGCGUCCUGGUAUAGCAUUCCACUUCCUGACGAUUUAUUCAAUAUUCAAAAUUCAAACUGUAUUAGCUAGCUAGGGUGGCUUUGAACCUUUUUCAGCCUAAUCAACCACCAAAACCCUACUAACUAGAGAGAGAAUAAAGCUUUCUAGAGAGAGAAACCACAACAACUUUCCGGCCACUGCCUUCUACCUUCACCGGUUCAUCAUCUUUGAAUUAUUACCGAAGAUGGCAUCUCAAGAAGAUGCUGCAAAACACAUGACAAGCACUCUAGGUCUGGAGGGAGAAGACAGUGAGCAUGUGAGAUUGGUUAUAUCGUCUAAUGAAACAAGAGUGGCUGAAGCUGAUGCCCUGCAAUCUCAAACAGAAAGGAGUAAUCAGUGCUUGAAAUGGUGGAUAAAGGCUGUCACAUGGUCCGUUAUUGCUAUAAUAGUUACGAUUAUUUUCUUGAAAUGGGGCGUGCCAUUUGUUUUUGAGAAGGUUCUUUUGCCAGUAUUGCAGUGGGAGGCGACUGCGUUUGGUCGCCCAGCUCUUGCAGCAAUACUUGUAGGGUCAUUGGCGUUAUUCCCAGUGGUGUUAAUUCCAUCUGGUCCGUCCAUGUGGCUGGCCGGGAUGAUAUUUGGUUACGGGCUUGGAUUUGUAAUAAUCAUGGCUGGAACCACUGUCGGCAUGAUUUUACCAUAUCUCAUCGGUCUUCUCUUCCGUCAACGCAUCCAUAAAUGGUUGAAGAAAUGGCCACAGACAGCUGCCAUGAUUCGAUUGGCUGGGGAAGGAGAUGCGUUCCAGCAGUUCCGGGUCGUGACCCUCUUUAGGAUUUCACCAUUUCCAUACACUAUAUUCAACUAUGCAAUAGUAGUUACAAAUAUGAAAUUUUGGCCCUAUUUGUGUGGAUCUAUUGCAGGAAUGAUUCCAGAAGCUUUCAUUUACAUCUACAGUGGGCGGUUGAUACGGACAUUUGCUGAUGUGCAGUACCGAAAGCACCGUAUGACUACAUUGGAAAUUAUAUACAAUGUUAUCUCCUUCAUUAUUGCAGGAGCUAUGACUAUUGGUUUUACAGUUUAUGCUAAAAAAGCUCUAAAAGAACUUGAAAAUGAAGACAACAAGGAAACAGAUGAUGUUAUGGACUCAGGUAAUAUACAGCUUCAGAAGCUUCCACUUGAGAGACGUAAUAAUUUUGGUUUCUAGUCGCCCUCCUUAAUCAUAGCUUAUUUAGUGUAAAUUGCUGGCUAACCACUUGUAAAUUAAGCGAUUUCAGACGGAAAAUAAGAACAUAGCUGACACUUUUUAAUAUCAAGAUUGAUGAUCUUCGAUGUUCAUUGUUUUUUAUUCGUUUUAUGGUUAAGAGGUGGAGAUUCGACCCGUUAAUUUUGAA